CUUAUUAAAUAGAUAUUUUGGCUCGUAAUUGAAUGGAGAUCAAUGAAGACAGCGAAAGUAGCGAGGAUCUGGAUUACAAGCCUCCAGGAUCCUCGGGAGACGAAGGAUCUGACGGAGAUGACGUAGAUGUGGACAGUGACGAUGAUAAGUCAGAUUCAAAAGAAAAAGGAGGUGGCGAAGACUCCUCAGAGGAAGACAGUGACAAGGAUACCAAAAAAGAAAAGUCGACAGGAAAAAAAGCGAAGAUGGUGACGUUUUCUGAGAACAAAAAAGUGAAGAAGAAAGAUUCGAAGACUGAUGUUCGUCCCCCAAAACGGCCAAUGACAGGCUAUGCAUACUUCAUGCGCAGUGAGGGUCACAAUUUCAAGGGUAUGGAUAUCAAAGAGGUGUCUGCCCUUCUCUCCAGCAAAUGGAAAGCCAUGGGAGAAGAGGAGCGAAGGCCAUUCAUUAUCAAGCACGAAGAGGACCGAAAGCGUUACAGUCUGGAGAUGGAGACGUUUUCAAAGAGUCAAGACGGCAAAAUGUACCAAAAUAUGAAAGCCGCCAAGCAGAAGAAAAACAAAAAUGCACAGAAAUCCCGCAGUGGAAAGAAGUCUUCUGCUGAUGCAGUUGGAGGCUCUAUUCAAACCAAUGGAGAUGCCGUUGCUUCAACUCAAAAUGUGGAGUCAUCUGCACCUUUAGAUCCUCUUCAAAUUCCGAUAUUCACUGAACAAUUUAUAGAGUUUAAUAGAAAGCGAGACCACCAGUUGAGACAGCUGCGGAAAGCAGCGUCAGAAGUGGAGAGUGAGAACAACCAGAUCCUGUCGCACAUGAGAGCCCUGAAUGCGAUGAUAGGAAGGAACGAGCAGGACGCAGUGAGACUCAUGGCUCACAACGAGGCACUAACAGAUCAACUGGAGAUGAUCAAGAGGUCUGCGAUUGAGAGGGUGAAGGCGACCUCAAGUUACGCACAAAAUGAAACGCUGACGAAUUUUGUGGAAGAAAGCAGCCAUUCUUUGGAAGCUGGUGAAUUUCUCUCUGAAUUGAGCAGUUUCCUCUCGUCCGAAAAAGUGGGUCUCUCCGAAAAGAUUGCACUCAAAGCAGCUUUAAAGAAAGUCGAGUAUCCAAAAGAUCCAGAGCUAAGCUGAUAUCUAUGUUGAAGUUGCGUUGAAAAUUGCAUACGCUAAGCAUAACAGAGAGGCCGCCCAGUUUGGAACGGUUGCAGAUUUAGCGAGGUCUGCUUUCUGAAGGCCAUACGAUGCACUGGAACCAAAACAGAGUAAACUUAAAACUUAUUUAUCCUCUUGAAUAUAAUAGAAUAUUGUUAUGUUAAUAAGUAGAGUCCCUUUCUUGAGUCCUUAUACAUAAAUUCAACUUAAGUUAAAAUAAUCGUUGGUUUAUAGUUACGGAAGUAUCAGACGUUGUUCAAGUCAAAAGAUUUAGCAAA